AGGAAGCCCCUCCGGCUGUGAUUGGCUUCAGGGGUUUGGUUCCUGGGUGAGCUGGGUCCUCUGAGGACCAGUCCAAGCCACCCAAAAUCGUUUUAUUUUUCUUUCCCAAAUUGGAAUCGCUUGAUUUUCCCUCAUUCUCUCAUGGAACUGAAACUAUGUCACACACCAAUACUCACAUUUUCAUCUCAGAGGCUCUGUUUGGAUUCGUGGAUAAGCAAGCAGAGAUCGUUCAAGAAGCAUUUCCGAAUGCUCACUGAGAAAUGGAGGUUUCAAAUUCAGGAGAUUUCAAAGGGUCAACACUCCACCAAGCACAAUUCAGUGCACAUGGUCAAAGAUGGCAGAGGUGAAACUUUGAGUUCGAUAUCGAAGCAAUAUGGGGUGUCCAUAUAUUCAGUUGCUGCAGCUAAUAAGAAUAUAGAGGAUAUCGACCUUGUUUUCUGUGGGCAGCACCUCAAUAUUCCUUCUUCUGCUGUGGGAGAGACUCAGAAGUUUCAAACUGAGAAAAGCAAGUUAUCUAGCUUUGAUACAUUGAAAAGACAUCAACACUCUUUGGAAGUCUUGGGCGGGCGGUUAAACCAAAAGUUAUGCACUGUGGCACCAUCCUUCCAUAGCUUAUCACAUGCUAAAACAACUGGUUAUUUUCUAGUUCUGGUUCCUCUUAUAGCAUUUUGCAUCAGAUGCAUAAUUGGUGCCUUUCAAAAUAGAGUUGUUGGAGAUUUGAGACAUCAAGCUGUUAAUGAAUCAGAGGUAGAUUAUCAUGGAUCCAAAAGUGUACGGUGGAAAUCUGCUCUUGAUGACAUAAGGGAACCAGAUACUCUGGACACUGGACUGCAACCGGAUUCCAUUCUGGGUAUAUUGCAGAACCCUUCAGAAGCUCAAACUCAAGGUUCUGCUGAGGAGGUGUCUCAUGCUCAUGCAAAACUUGAACAUGAUUAUCAGCAAUUUCUGUCAGAAUGUGGAAUAAGCAAAUGGGGGUACUGGCGUGGAGGUUCCCAGGGAUAGAGCAUUGUUUUAGCAUUAACUCCAUGCUCACCACAAUAUGGAGAACUGAAAUUGCCCUAUCUUCUGAAUUUUCAACAUAUUACACAGCUCAACAAAGCUUCAGUUCCAACCCCAACUAAAAGCUUGAAAAUCAUCCUUGGAGUAAAACUGAAGCAAGGAGAGUCUCCCCUUUGCCAUCAGUAGAAGAUUUUGGUGUGUACAUUGACAGUAGAUGUUCAGAUCUUGUGUAAAUUUUAGCCUUACUUUCACUAUUUUCCAGCUCCUAACUUUAGUUGGUUUCCUCAUGCGUCCAGAGGUGAUGGGAGAAAUAUUUCAUCACCAUUGUUUGAUGAACAUAGGAACUCAGAAUGUAAAAUGAUACUAUAUUUUAAGCCCUGUUCCAAUGGAAACAGCUUUGUUGGUUCAUAUAUUUUUUGGAUGUCAUUGAUGAUAAAAAGACAAGUUCUCAAUGGUA